AUGUGCCCCCUUACGGAGUUAGAGGCGUUCCCAAAAACAGGCAAUCCCUCUUCGGCAGAAGAAUUUUGUCAACAGCUGUUCAACAGAGGACCAGGAGCGUCGCUGAGCCCCACCUCGCAUGAUCAAUGUGGACUAUGUUUGCCAGGCGUAACAUCGGCUCCUAUUGGUCUAUUGGUCUUUUUUCCAGAGGGAGCCACGGAGAGUAUAACACACACCAUUGAAGGUGCAACAAUAGUAGAUUUAACGCACCAAAGUGCCAUUCGGAGAAUCUGGACAAAGCUAAGGGCAGAAAUGGAUGUGAAAGAAGUGAUGAACCAUCUCCUACAGGAGGGAAUGCUACAGAUGGAUGAGUGGGUGGAAAUAGAUAAUAUUGCCGUGGAGACGGAGAGAAGAGAACGUCUCCUAUGUUGGGUUUACUCCAAAGAUUUUCAAGUGUACAGGAUCUUUCAAGACGGCCUCGACGCCGCAAACCAAACCCACUUAGCGAAUAGGUUGCAGGAGACGCUGUUGAUCAACUUCAUUCCAGUUAAUGACGACGAAUCAAUAACUAUCAAAACAUAG